AUGGAUUUACAAAAUGUUCCGGCUGAUGUGAAGGCGUACAUAAUGAAUGCAAUCCAGAAGGCGUCAAGGUGGCAUUUACCCAAUGGAGACAGCUGGAAGAAUUCAAAAGCACUUAAAAUAAAAAAUGCCGCAGUCGUUGGUGGUGGUACUAUGGGACGUGGAAUCGCCAUAGCCCUCAGUCGAGCCGGAUAUCAUACCACAUUAGUAGAAAACGACGCAAAGAGCUUGGAAAUGUGCCGUCGAGGGAUGGCAACGACAUAUGCGAGAGAGCAGAAGCUUGGACGAUUCACUCCAUCGCAAUGUGAAGAGCUAGAAAAAGGCAUUCGUCUUACUACGGAUUUGAAUUCGCUAGAAAACUGUGACUUAGUGAUUGAGGCCGUGUUCGAGAAAAUGAAAUUGAAAACUGAAUUAUUUGCUAAGCUUGAUCGGAUAUGCCCUCCAACGACAGUUUUUGCAACAAACACUUCAAGUCUGGAUAUCGACGAGAUGAGCUCAGUACUUCAUAGGCGUGAUCGACUUGUUGGGAUGCAUUUCUUCAAUCCAGCUCAUAUUAUCAAAAUGGUAGAAGUGGUACAUGGCAAGUAUACAUCGGCUGAAGCUGUUGCGACGGUUUUCGCUGUGCCUAUACUGGUGGGCAAUUGCCCGAGCUUUGUAUUUAAUCGUCUACUGGGUGUCUAUCUGAAUCAGGCUCAAAAACUUCUCUACCAAUACGGGAUGUUUCCUCAUGAUGUGGACAAUCUUCUGAAAUCCUUUGGACUUAUAAUGGGACCAUUUACGGUGGCUGACAUGAAUGGUUUGGAUGUUGGUGCUCUGUUGAAAAAGGAACAUAGCUAUCCACUUAGUCCUAUUGAAAAAGAGUUGCUACAAUUAAAUCGCUUCGGAAGGAAAACUGGGCAUCGAGACGAUGAUGGAUUAUUGAAGAGUUCAGGAAAAGGAUUCUACGCGUACGAUUCCAUCACUCAGAAGAAAAGCAACGAUGUGGAAGUUGAAGCAAUUAUUAGAAAGCUUGUAGAGGGGUCCAGCUACAAUAUCCGACUUCUAUGCGACAGUGAUGUCAUUGAGUUUGUACUUUUCCCAAUGGUGAAUGAAGGAUUUUUAUGUGUGGAAGAAGGCAUGAUCGAGGAUGAGUCUCUCAUUGACAUUAUGUUCCUUAUGGGUUUCGGCUGGCCACUCGUUCAAGGCGGACCGAUGAGAUGGGGUAGAAGUAUCGGCCUUAGCAAAAUUGCUCGAAGUGUUGCUCAUUGGNUGAUCAUCCGAUACUUUGCAGCCUUAUGGGUUUCGGCUGGCCACUCGUUCAAGGCGGACCGAUGA